ACAUGAAUAGUUCAUUAUCAGUAUUUGCUGAACUACGAAUAGAAUUUGCAAAAUAAGUGUUUUCGCAUAAACUUUGCUAAAAUUAUUGUAAAAAGCCGUAAAGAGCAAACCAUUGCAAAAUGAAGAAAAAAGUAUUGCUCAUGGGCAAGAGUGGCUCAGGCAAGACCAGCAUGCGCUCUAUAAUAUUCGCAAACUACAUAGCCCGUGACACGACACGUUUGGGUGCAACCAUUGACGUCGAGCACUCACAUGUACGCUUUCUGGGAAAUCUGGUGCUCAACUUGUGGGACUGUGGCGGCCAGGAGGGCUUCAUGCAGCAGUACUUCGCUUCGCAGCGUGACAAUAUAUUUCGCAAUGUGGAAGUACUAAUCUAUGUAUUUGAUGUGGAAAGUCGCGACAUGGAACGGGAUGUGCACUACUAUCAGUCCUGCUUAGAAGCCUUGCUGCAAAACUCACGAGACGCAAAAAUAUUUUGUUUGAUACACAAAAUGGAUUUGGUUGCUGAAGAACAGCGUGAAACUUUGUUUAAGGAGCGCGAACAUGACCUGAUACGACUUUCCAAACCGGGCAAUGUCACUUGCUUUCGCACGAGCAUUUGGGAUGAAACAUUAUACAGAGCAUGGUCCAGCAUUGUCACCAUGCUUAUACCCAACGUAGCCGUACUCGAAAACUCGCUCACCCACUUCGCCAAUGUUAUAGAGGCCGAUGAAGUGUUGCUCUUCGAAAAAGCUACUUUCCUAGUGAUCUCACACUGUCAGAGUAAAAAGAAUCGAGAUUCGCAUCGUUUUGAGAAAGUUUCCAACAUAAUAAAACAAUUCAAAUUAAGUUGUUCCAAAUUGGGCGCCAAAUUUCAAUCGAUGGAGGUACGUAAUAGCGCCUUUGCUGCUUUCAUAGAUACCUUUACAAGCAACACUUACGUGAUGGUUGUCAUGUCUGACCCAACAAUACCUUCCGAGGCAACUUUGGUUAAUAUACGUAAUGCGCGCAAAUCAUUUGAAGAAUUGGAGAAUCCAAACAGCAUCGCAAUGAAUCAUCAUCAGUAUCACUGAUAUAGGGUGUAAGGUGCAAUGCACUGCAAGUGAGGAGGAAAGAAAUGAGAUGGAAAUAUAUACGUUUUGAAAAUGUUUUAACGUUGAUCAGGAAACUCGGAAGUUUUGUCGAAGUCUGUUGCAAAUAAGAUUUUAAUGUAGACUAAACUACUUGUACAUUAUGUCAAUAAGCGAAAGUUAUGAAAGCAGGCACAUAGAUAAGGCGUUUUUUGUUUUUUAAGGGAUCACAGUACUAUAAAGAAUUAAAGCCCAAUUGUAAAGAAUUGCUUAAGCUGCUUAUUUUUUGUAUUUUUUGUUUUUUUACUAGAAAUUCAUAACUAGACUUGAUCGCCAAAGAUGUAUGUUUUAAAACACCU